GAAAACGGACGCGGAAUGGCGUCUGCCAGGGGCCCGGGAGGCUGAAUAACAGCAGUAUAGACUCGAAUGAACGUAACAGGCACACGCCUAAACCAAUAGGAGCGGGCUUUGCGAGUCGGUAACCAAUCCCUCAAUAGAGAAUGGGCGGGACAACACGGGAAGGGUAGUUCUGUCUUACACGUUCCCGGGUUGUGAACAUCGCCGACCGUUUCCUGCACUGUUGCAUGGUGGUCGAACAGGAGGAAUUGUUGGAAAUUUUUCGGAGCAGCUAAAGCAUGCUCUUGGCCCAGAUAAACCGGGACUCCCAGGGAAUGGCAGAGUUUCAUGAUGCAGAUGGGCAGCCGGUCACACUCUGUCUAACAGAGGCUGUGACAGUGGGAGAUGGAGAUCAGAUGGAGAGUAUGGACACAGUGAGUCUGCAGGCUGUUACACUUGCGGAUGGAUCCACUGCAUAUAUCCAGCAUGACACCAAAGGUUCCUUUUCAGAUGGACAGAUUAUGGAUGGCCAAGUGAUCCAGCUGGAGGAUGGCUCUGCUGCCUAUGUUCAGCAUGUGCCCAUGCCUAAAGCGGGGGGGGACAGUUUACAGCUUGAAGAUGGACAGGCUGUUCAGUUAGAAGAUGGAACAACCGCCUAUAUUCACACACCCAAAGAAACAUAUGAUCAGGGUGGCCUGCAGGAGGUACAGCUGGAGGAUGGGAGCACUGCCUACAUUCAGCACACUGUGCACAUGCCCCAGUCCAACACCAUCCUGGCAAUCCAGGCUGAUGGCACCAUCGCAGACCUGCAGGCGGAGGCAGCAGCUAUUGACCCAGAGACCAUCAGCGUGCUGGAACAGUAUACCACUAAGGUGGAGAAUAUAGAGAACCCCCUGGGGACCUAUGGCAGAGUUGAAGCAGACAAUGGUGUCCACAUGCGGAUUGUGUUACAGGGACAAGACAACAGGCCAGGAAGGGUCUCAAAUGUUGGGGAAAAGUCCUUUCGCUGUGAAUAUGAAGGCUGUGGAAAGCUGUACACCACUGCCCACCAUCUUAAGGUACAUGAGCGCUCCCACACUGGAGACAAACCGUACAUCUGUGACUAUCCCAACUGUGGAAAGAAGUUUGCAACAGGCUAUGGGCUGAAGAGUCACUCACGCACACAUACGGGGGAGAAGCCAUACAGAUGUCAGGAGUUAAACUGCUGCAAGUCCUUCAAAACCUCUGGAGACCUUCAAAAACACACAAGGACACAUACAGGAGAGAAGCCUUUUAAAUGCCCAGUUGAAGGCUGCGGCAGGUCAUUUACCACCUCCAACAUCCGUAAAGUUCACAUCCGAACACACACCGGAGAACGGCCAUACUACUGCUCUGAACCAAGCUGUGGACGGUCAUUUGCCAGUGCCACUAACUACAAGAAUCAUAUGCGGAUUCACACUGGUGAGAAGCCGUAUGUGUGCACAGUGCCUGGCUGUGAAAAACGCUUCACAGAAUACUCCAGCCUUUACAAACACCAUGUUGUUCAUACGCCCUGUAAACCUUACAACUGCAAUCAUUGUGGGAAAACCUACAAGCAGAUCUCCACACUUGCCAUGCACAAACGAACAGCGCACAACGACACAGAGCCCAUUGAGGAGGAGCAGGAAGCCUACUUUGAACCCCCAACAGAUGCCAUCGAUGACCCCAGUGUGAGCUACACGACAACUGUGGUGGAGGCAGAUGACUCCGGAUCAGAGCCGGUUCCAGUGGAAAGCUCCGAUAUGGUUGGUCAGCAGCAUGUUGCCUUGGUAACACAGGAAGAUGGAACACAACAACAGGUCAGUAUCUCCGAGGCAGACCUUCAAGCUAUGGGUGGCACAAUUACCAUGGUAACCCAAGAAGGCACAACCAUAACUAUCCCAGCCCAUGAGCUGGCAACUCAGGGUGCUCACUCAGUCACCAUGGUAACAACAGAUGGCUCGGAUGAACAGGUGGCCAUCAUGACACCUGACAUGGCUUCCUUCCAAACUGUAGAGGAGGCAGGUUACAGCCAAGAGCAAGAUGAUAUUCAUCCUGUCACAUUACUGGCCACAUCCAACGGCACUCACAUCGCUGUACAGCUUAGUGAUCAGCCUUCGCUGGAGGAAGCCAUCAGAAUAGCAUCAAGAAUACAGCAAGGAGAGUCACCAGGCCUGGAUGAUUGAUCGAUAAGGACAGUGAUUAUGAAUUAAGACUAUUCCAAAUGGACUAUGUCAGUGGGAGAAAUCAUGAGUCUUCCUCAAUGUUUUUCCACAAAAUAAUUUAGCUUUUAUGUGUACAUAGAAUUUUGAUAACUGGAGUUCUGGUGUGCUAUUUUGUCCCUCUACAUAAAAUGUGAGAGGGUGAGGGGGGUGGGGCGGUGGGGCUUUCUAAUGUUUAUGGUGCACAGUACUGCAGUGUACAGCUAAUGCUAUUUCUAAUUAAAAAAACAAAAAAGUGA